AUGUUUGACAAAAAGCGGCUCUUGCCUAACGUGGAUCCGUUUGUCCGGCGGAUGAACAUCGUCAAGACCAAGAAUUUCGUUAUCGCCGUGGCCCUCCGCUUGUACAAAGUGGUCGCCGGCAAGAUGGGUGUCAACGGUGCCGACAAACAGGGUCUUGCGCAAUACAACGAUAUGUUUGAAAUGGCGACUAGACUUUGCAGGAGUUAUCUACCCGGAUCCUGGAAGAAGAUUACAUCAAAGGAUAUAGCCGUGAAACGUAUUAGUGGUGGAUUGAGUAAUUGGCUAUAUCAGGUUACAUUACUUAAAGGUAAUGCCGAUCCCCACGAUGUGUUGAUGAGGUUAUAUGGCCAAACACACGGCGAGAAUGCUAUUGAAAAUAUAAUCACAGAAUCUGUGAUAUUCACAUUGUUGUCGGAGCGUGGUUUAGGGCCUAAGUUGCAUGGAAUAUUCCCCGGAGGCCGUCUUGAAGAAUACAUUCCGGCUCGGUCAAUGAAAUCUGAAGAAUUAAGCGAUCCAAAAUUAAGCCUUAUGAUUGCAGAAAAAAUGGCUGAAUUACAUCAGCUCAACAUUCCAAUCAAUAAAGACUCAACAUGGUUAUGGGACACCAUGGACAGAUGGUUACAACAGCCAAUUAAAGAUGUUAACUGGUCAAGUGAAAACAUGGAGCUUGAUCAGAUACUAUCUACAAAUCUCAGUGAUGAAACCCGCUGGCUUAAAAAACACUUGUCAAAGCUGAGGUCACCUGUUGUAUUCUGCCACAAUGAUCUUCAAGAGGGUAAUAUUUUAAUGAAGGAAAACGAUCCCCCUGGCUGCCGAUCAUUAUGCCUUAUUGACUAUGAAUAUUGUGCGUACAAUUAUCGUGGUUUUGAUAUAGCUAACCACUUUGUAGAAUGGACUUAUGACUAUACAAAUCCCAUUUAUCCACAUUACACAGUUAACCGAGAAUUGUUUCCAACAAAAGACCAACAAAUUGAGUUCUUGAAACGGUAUUCUCAAUGUAUGGAAAAUGAAGAAUCAAUAGAAUUGAUACUAAACGAAGUAAAUAACUUUAUUUUGGCAUCACAUUUAUUUUGGGGUAUAUGGAGUAUUGUCAAUAGUCGAAUGUCAAAAAUUACUUUUGGUUACAGGGAAUACGCAAAGGAACGGCUCAAAUCAUAUUUCAAGCUCAAAGAAAGUUUAAUAAAUAAUAAAUAG